AUGGCGCAAUACACAGCUUCGACUGGCUCGUCCUUGAGAGCUUCCCCAAACCUCCGACAACACCAUGUCGACACCAGCGCGGCCCCAGAUACCACAGAAAAGUUCCCCGAAUUCGAUACAUCACAAACAAUAAACGGCUACCCUAACGGUAACGGCCGGUAUAUAAAUGCAGGUGCUACUGCGCCCUCGGAUCAAUGGCGGCCGAGAAGGGAAAGCAAGGUGACGUGGGCUCCAAGAGACCCCCCAGGGCCCGCAAACGCCUACUCGCAUGGCCAUGGUCAUUCUAGGCAAAGGAGCAUUAGCAAUGCGAUACAUAGGAUGCGCUCGGGGAGUAUGAGCCAGAAUGCCCACGAGAUUGCGGAGGCACUUCGCGCGCCAGUAUCCUACAAGCUAAUAGGGCUCUGUAUGAUGUGGUACUGGUCCUCGGCGCUGACCAACACAUCUUCGAAAUCGAUCCUCACGACCUUCGACAAACCCGCGACCCUCACGCUAAUCCAGUUCGCCUUUGUCUGCUCCUACUGCCUCAUAGCCUCCUCGCUGGCCUCGACGUUUCCCAAGCUGCGCACUGCCGUGCCCGCACUCAAACACCCAAUCCGCAAGCCCUCGCGCGAUGUCAUCGUCACUACACUUCCUCUGGCGGCCUUCCAAAUCUUCGGCCACCUCCUCUCUUCGUCCGCGACCUCCAAGAUCCCCGUCUCGCUCGUCCACACAAUCAAGGGUCUAUCCCCCUUAUUCACCGUGCUCGCCUACCGGUUGAUCUUCGACAUCCGCUACCCGCGCGCAACCUACUACUCCCUCGUACCCUUGACAAUCGGCGUCAUGCUCGCCUGUUCCGGCAAACACUCGUUCGGCGAGGGCCAAUUCCUUGGCAUCCUUUAUGCCCUCAUAGCCACCAUCAUCUUCGUCACCCAAAACAUCUUCUCCAAGCGUCUCUUCAAUGAAGCCGCCAAAGUCGAGCAAGAAGACGGACACAGUAACGGCCACCGGUCCAAGAAGCUCGACAAGCUCAACCUGCUCUGCUACUCCUCGGGCAUGGCCUUCAUCCUGACUUGCCCGAUCUGGCUCUGGUCCGAAGGCUUUUCGAUCAUAGGCGACUUCCUCUGGGACGGCUCUGUCGACCUCACCAAAACACCCAACUCGUUCGACCAUGGCCGGUUAACGGUCGAAUUCAUUUUUAACGGCACCUUCCAUUUCGGGCAAAACAUCCUCGCCUUCGUUUUGCUCUCCAUGGUUUCCCCAGUAACCUACAGCGUCGCCUCCUUACUCAAGCGCGUCUUCGUCAUCAGCAUCGCCAUCAUCUGGUUCCGCUCGCCGACGACUAACGUGCAAGCCGUCGGCAUCGCCCUCACCUUUCUGGGACUGUACCUAUACGACCGCAGCCAAGAGAAGAACAAAGCCGAUCAGCGCGCGCGUUCGCUUUCCCGCUCCAAGAUGGACGAGUCCAUCCUCCCGCUCAAUACCAAGUCAACAACCACCUCCGAAACUAAUUCUUCCAUCUACCAACCCUCAACCCUCAACACGCAAAUAGGCGGGUAUGGAUAUAUGCCGUCACUAGUCCAGUCAUCCAGUAAUGCCGACAUCGGCUCCAACAAGAAAGAUGAUGGACCCAACCCUUCAGCCUCGACAGGAGGGAGACAAAGAGGCGCGAGCAUGGCCAGGCCCCAAAACGGGGGAUGGCUGCCGCCGGGGACGAGGCAGGAACAUACGUGGAGGAUGGGGGAUGGGAAUAAGAAUAGGACGGAAGCAGUAGGGCCGGCGGGGGUUGCUGUUAUGUCUUAG